AUGUCUGACGCCUGGGAAGAAAUUCAGGCUGUCAAAAGCAAGAGGAAUAGUUUGAGAGAGAAGUUAGAAAAAAGGAAGAAGGAGAGACAAAACAUUUUAGGAACAAAUUUAGCUAGUGCUGAUAAAACAGAUGCCGGACCGGCGGCUGCGUCUAGUGUUAAAGAACGCACCGCAUCUAGCCCCGCGCCCGCUAAAAGUGACACUCCAUCUGUAGACAAGUCGAAAUUGAUACCCUCGGCAUCACUCGAGGUUCGGCUUCUCCAAGUUUUAUCGGACAUGCAGCUCCAACUGCCGGCCACGGCCAGUGCUUUAAUGCCAGGCCUCGGUGAUGUGGACACCGGCAUUGUGGCCAGCCUGUUACAGAAGUUUGCAACGCAGAAACUUAUAACAAUUAAAGAAAGAACAGAGAACACAACAGAUGCCAGUAUUGAGGUCGUGAGCGCCGAAUCUGUUAGACUGGCUGCGGUGUUAGCAGCAUUGAUGGAAGAACAAUCAUCUACAGUUAAGAGAAAAGGUGAUAGUGCUUCUGAUGAAGGAACCCAUCCAAAAGUUGCUAAAUCUACCGCAGAUGAUAAAAAAACUGGAAAAAAUGAUGCUGAUAUUAUGUCUUUAUUAGCAAUGCCAUCUAGUAGAGAAAAAGCUGUGAAGAGAGUUGGUGAAGAAAUUAUGGAUUUGUUAAGUAAACCAACGGCUAAGGAGAAAUCACUAGCAGACAAGUUUAAGAGCCAGGGAGGUUGGUUUACAAAAUUAAUUACAUACGUUCACUACGAGGUGGAUAAUACAGAUCCAAAUAUAACAGCCCCUAAGACUACCCCAGAACCGGCGGCUAAACCGGGGAAUAAUGGUACACCCGCAGUACCGAAGGCUGAUGGAGUAUUGACGCUGACUCCUCCACAAUGGAUACAAUGCGACUUGAGAUAUCUAGACAUGACUUUCCUUGGUAAGUUUGCAGUAAUAAUGGCUGAUCCUCCAUGGGAUAUUCAUAUGGAACUGCCAUACGGUACUAUGUCUGAUGAUGAGAUGAGAUGUCUCGGAGUACCACAGCUUCAAGACAGUGGGCUCAUCUUCCUUUGGGUGACUGGAAGAGCUAUGGAGUUAGGCAGGGAGUGUCUGAAAUUGUGGGGAUAUGAGCGUGUGGAUGAACUGAUUUGGGUGAAAACAAACCAGUUACAAAGAAUCAUAAGAACUGGACGUACCGGACAUUGGUUGAACCAUGGGAAAGAACACUGUUUGGUGGGUAUGAAGGGCAACCCUGAGAAUUUGAAUCGUGGUCUAGAUUGUGACGUCAUUGUGGCAGAGGUUCGCGCCACAAGCCACAAACCAGACGAAAUAUAUGGCAUAAUUGAGAGACUUAGUCCUGGUACAAGGAAGAUAGAACUUUUUGGUCGUCCACAUAAUGUGCAACCAAACUGGAUAACAUUAGGCAACCAAGUGGACGGCGUUCGUCUUGUAGACCCAGAUCUAAUAGCAGCUUUCAAGAAACGCUACCCUGAUGGCAAUUGUAUGGCGCCCCCGCCACCCGACCCGGGUCUAGCAUAA